UACGCUUUCUACACAGAAUCCCUCGGUGUCCAAGGCGACCAAAUCCCUCCCCAAGCCUCCAACAUGGCUUGUAGAUCGGGCCUCACCCCCGUUCUCCGCCGCGCCCGCGCACUCGGCUUACUGAAAUCCUUCAACACCACUCACGCAUCAUCCGCCAACGCCCUCCGGUACCUCUCAACCUCUUCUCCACGAUCCUUCCGCGCCGCGACGCCGACGCUCGCCAAAUUCACCACCGAUAGCUACCCCGAAAUCCAACGCAACCCCCGCUUCGCCCAGAUCACCAAGGACCAUGUAUCCUACUUCCAGUUGCUCCUGGGCAAAGGAUCCGCCGUCAUCGACGGGGUUACCACCGAGCUGGCUACCGACGAUAUGGAGCCCUACAACGGGGACUGGAUGCGCAAGUACCGGGGCCACUGCAAGCUGGUGCUGAAGCCCGGUUCGACGGAGGAAGUGAGCAAGGUGCUCAAGUACUGCAAUGACAACAUGCUCGCUGUGGUGCCUCAGGGCGGGAAUACGGGGCUUGUGGGCGGUUCGGUGCCUGUUUUUGACGAGAUUGUCAUCAAUACCAGCCGUAUGAAUAAGAUCCAGUCAUUUGACGAAGUUAGCGGGAUCUUAGUCGUGGAUGCUGGUGUGGUCUUGGAGGUCGCCGACCAGUUCCUUGCCGAGAAGGGGUAUAUUUUCCCUCUGGAUCUUGGCGCGAAGGGGUCUUGCCAUAUCGGUGGGAACGUGGCCACGAAUGCCGGUGGGCUGCGCUUGCUGCGGUAUGGAAGUCUGCACGGGAGCGUUCUGGGAAUCGAGGCAGUUCUCCCCGACGGUACGAUUGUGGAUGACCUGAGCAAGCUAAGGAAGAAUAACACCGGGUACGACCUGAAACAGCUCUUCAUCGGCGGCGAGGGAACCAUCGGCAUGAUCACGGCGGUUUCUAUAAUCUGUCCGCAGCGAUCGAGCGCCGUCAACGUGGCCUUCUUGGCCGUGGAGUCUUACGAGAAGAUGCAGCGGACGUUCCGCGAAGCCAAGACCCAGCUGGGCGAGAUCUUGUCCGCAUUCGAGUUGAUGGACUUGGGCAGUCAGCACCUGGUCAAUAAUGCCCAGGGCAGCAAGCCGCCCUUGGAGACUGAGUCUCCGUUCUACUGCCUGAUUGAGACGAGUGGCUCUAACUCGGAUCACGACAACGAGAAGCUGGAGAAGUUCCUCGAAGACGUCAUGUCCAGGGAAAUCGUCUCGGAUGGUGUGGUGGCUCAAGAUCAGACCCAGAUCAAGUCAUUAUGGAGCCAACGGGAGGGUAUUUCCGAAGCCACGGCACACUGGGGAGGGGUCUAUAAAUAUGAUGUCUCAAUACCUCUGAAGGACCUGUACAGGCUGGUCGAUGAUACGAGGGAGAAGAUCGAAGCGGCGGGGCUCAAGGGCGACACCGACGAAUUCCCGGUUCUGGAUGUUGUUGGAUACGGUCAUAUGGGAGAUUCGAACCUUCACCUCAAUGUCGCGGUGCGCCGUUAUGACAAGCGAGUCGAGGAAGUUCUCGAGCCUUUCGUGUACGAGUGGAUCGCCAAGGUACAGGGCAGUAUAAGUGCUGAGCAUGGGUUGGGGCUCGCGAAGAAAAACUAUAUCGGGUAUAGUAGGAGUGAGACUAUGAUCGGGUUAAUGAAGCAGAUCAAGAAUCUGUAUGAUCCGAAUGGGAUCAUGAACCCGUACAAGUACAUGUAGGGUAUAUAAACAUGACCAUCUUUGGAAUAUAGAAGUAAAACUAAAUGACACAUGGAGACAGUGGGCGAAUCUCAUCAAACCGAUAUUGCCGAAGUAGAAAUUCAAGUACGAACAGCUCAUGUAAAACCUGAUACGGGUGGAAUUCAUAGGGUGUCGUCCGGAAAAAAAGGCAAAAAAUGAUCGAACUCCAUAACUUCAUGGUUAACUGCUCAGUAUGAGGAUUGAACUCAUGACCUUCGCAUUACUAUAUAUGUCUCCGGGGAGAGGUAUUAGUACGACGCUCUAACCAGCUGAGCUAACCGAGCAUUGCAUCCAGGUAAACCGAAUUAAUCG